CGCAGCUUUCACAUACGUGCAAGCAGACAUGUACAUUCCCUGGUGAAGAGAGGAAGUUUCCUGCUCCAUUCAAAACAAGAACUCCUGCUGGAGCCAGCCGAGGUAACGAUGCUCCUCAAGGGCUUGUUUCUGGCCCUGCUCCUCCCGGCCCUGGUGCAGGCUCAGUAUGAGAUGUACAGCUUUAAAAGUUUCCCCCAGAAGGACAUCAUGCCGCUGGACUCCUCAUACAACUACGCACUGGAACAGUACGGGGCCGAGAACUGGGCAGAGAGCAUCAAGUUCUUGGAGCUCAGCCUGAGGCUCCACCGGCUGCUGCGGGACAGCGAGGCGUUCUGCAGCCGCAACUGCAGCUCCGUGAGCCGGGACAACGGCUCUGUGUCCGCCGACAGCAGCCUCCGCGUUGUGCGCCACAUCCUCCUGAGGGCUGCGUGCCUUAAAAAGUGCAAGGCAGAUUUUCCAGUGUUUAAAAUCUCAUACCCACGGAGGGAUUUACUGGAAAGUUUCGAGAAAAGAGUACCGUAUCGGUACAUACAGUAUGCACAUUACCAGAUGAACAACUUGGAGAAGGCCGUGUCAGCGGCUCACACCUUCCUGAAGAAGAACCCAACUGAUCCCUAUCUGAUCAAGAACAUGAACUACUACAAGACACUGUUUGAUGUGGAGGAACAUCUCAUCGACCAAGAGGAGCAGCCGUAUGAAAGUGUUUUCGUCAAAAGUGUGACGCUUUACAACAGCGGUGACUUCAGCAGCAGUGCCCAAAACAUGGAACAGGCCAUCACGCAGUACUUUGAAGUGUACAGUCUCUGCUUGGCAGGCUGCGAGGGCUCAUAUGAGAUUGUGGAGGUCAAAGACUUUUAUCCCACCCUGGCAGAUCUUUACACUAAUGUGCUGAAAUGUAAGGUACAAUGUGAAGAGCACCUGAAGCCCAACGUUGGAGGCUUCUUUGUGGAGAAGUUUGUCGCCACCAUGUAUCAUUACCUCCAGUUCUCCUAUUAUAAAUUGAAUGAUGUAAAGAACGCUGCUCCGUGUGCAGCCAGUUACAUGCUGUUCGACCGUAAUGACCAGGUGAUGCAACAAAAUGUAGUGUACUAUCGCUUCUACCGGGAGCAGUGGGGACUCGAGGAAGACGACUUCCAGCCUCGGCCUGAGGCCCUGAAGUUCUUUAACGAGACAACCAAGCAGAAAGAGAUGCUGGAGUUUGCACUGAACUACCUACAGACUGACGAUGAGGACGAGGUGAGUCCAGAAGAAACGGCCUCCCCUCACACGCCGCACUCUGACGCUGAGUUCGAGGGGAUGGGAGACUACGAGGAGGCCUUCCUGGCUGACUGGUGGCAAGAACCCAAAACUAAGUGGGACGCAGGGGAGGUUUCAGACUGACCUGGCUUCCUGUGCAGAACACUUCUUCAUUUGGCUCUAUUCCACCUUUAAUGGCGACAAACCACAGGAUGCUGACCUCCAUGCACACAGACACUGACAUGCACAACAGUAUUUUGCAGAGAAAGCACAACUAGGCUGUGUACUUUCAUCCAGCUGAAGAAUAAAACGACAAAUAUAUCCAUCAUGUUGAUAAGGAAUCAGAUUGACAUAUUGUGUCUGGGCUGCCAUCAGCCUUUUUAAACUGUUAUUGUUUUAUUAAUAAUUGGCCUCUAUUCCAAUACCUGUCAAGGACUUUUAUGCAGUUUUUAUUUAAUAAAAGCUGAAUGCCUCUGUGCGGUGA